AUGUUUAAAUUACUGAAAACACGCCCGACCGCACUCUCCGUAUCAACCCAAACCAACUCACAAGCAGUAGGCGCAUCGUCGUCUCUACCCGAUAGGCUGCAGUCACCUACAUUACCAGUUCACCAUGCACAGACAUUUCAUAGACAGUCGAAUAAAUCGAAUUCGACGCAUUCGAGAAGUUUGAGUCAAUCAGCAACAACGCUUACAUUAGGGAAGCUAUCAUCAUCAGCCGUUGUACCAGCACCUGUAUCUUCACCGACAUCACCCGUAUCACAAGAACCGACCGUUCCGAUAAAACAAAUCAAGCAUCGUAAAGCAUUUUCACUUUCCUCUUCCGCAUCAAUAAUAACCUUUCCUGAUGACUACCAAGAGCAUAAACAAAAUCCAAACACAUUACCGAUACCAGUACUAUCAUCCUUGUCUUCGUCUGUACAUAACCAAGCGUCAAUUCAUCCAAAACCAAAUCGAAAGUUGAGUUCGUUUUUAACCAUCCUCCAACCAUGGGCACCGUUGAUUACAUGGGCGGUGAUAUCGCUGUGUACAUUAUGUUUCGUUGUCAUUUAUCGAAUGGAAGUCAUAUUAGCACUUGAAAGAUUGGCAGAAUAUGUCAAGGAAUUGGGUAUUGGCGGAGCCAUGAUUCUCUAUGCUCUAAUAUAUAUCACAACUUUUCCACUCGUCAUCGGCUAUUCAACUUUGAUAACUCUUUCCGGCUUUACAUUUGGUAUUUUUCGUGGAUUUAUAAUUUCCUAUUUCGCUGCAUUAUCAGGGGGGGUUACUGUGUUUGCGAUUUCGAGAAAGUGGGGUAACGCGUCGGUUAGGAAAUUGUUGAGAAAGAACAAGCACAUGAGAGGUAUUGUCAGAGCAAUCGAGAAGAAAGGGUUUAAGCUCUUGUUCCUAAUACGUCUAGCUCCUUACCCUUACAAUGUUUUCAACACACUUCUUUCUGCUACCAAUAUUCCUCUCCAUACUUUUGCAUGCGCCACUGCACUCUCUCUUUCCAAACUUGUAAUUCACGUAUACAUUGGGUCGACGCUAUCUUCAUUCUCGGCUCAUUUCUCGAGCGAGGGACAUGAAGGUGAUGGGAGCGGAGGUGACAUCUCUAAUUCCCCAUUGUCGACAGCCGAUAUAUUAAAAAUAGCUAUGGGAAUUGUCGGUAUUGUCAUUGGCAUCGGAGUAGUAGUAUACAUUUGGUUUGUUGCUAGAAGAAUGGUCAAGGAGGUCGAGGAAGAUGAGGACAGAUACGAUUGUGAAUAUGAAUAUUGUUAUGAUGAAGAGGGGAAAAAGGGCGGCUGUAACGUCGAGGAUCAAAGUAACCACACUGAUCGGGAUGCGCUGAUAGAGAAGGGAAAUCAACAUGGUGGAAGUGAGCUUCACGGAUGUGAGAAUUCUGGACUUUUGGUAGAAGAGAUUAAUCCGACAUUUAUCAAUGAAUCUUUGCAACCAAUAUUCUCCAACCCGUUUGAUUCUCGUCGCAGUAAUGGGGGGAAAUCUAAAAGUUCUACAAAUGAACAUAAAAGAACAGUCGGUUUUGUUGAUAACGGUGCGAGCGGCGAACGUGGAUCAAUCUUUAAUACUGUCGAGGCUGUUGAUGAUGAAAGUGUAAAUAGUGAUGAUUCUAAUGAGACUGUUGAGAGGAUAGAUAAUGAAGGCGAUGGGUUGGUACAGUCAGUUGCGACUAGUGUGAGCGAGAGACACAGUGGACCUGUGCAGAGGAGAAUGUCCAAGCCUGCAAUUUAA